AUUUUCGACCAACCAAAACGCGUAAACACGAUCAUGUGCGGAUGACGUUUAAUUUGCAUAAUCAUGAAAACAUCAACAAAGCCAAGUGUUAUGUGUUUAUGACUAGCGAAAUGUAUCGCUUUUGGUGACUUAUGAAUAUCAAAGACGACACAGAGAACUGUUUACGGAUUGACGAAUCUCCAGAAUACACGGAACUCAAGCAAGAGGAGGAGGCCAGUACAAGCGGCAUGUCGGGGGACCGCCCGUCGCGCAAAGCUGGGCGCCGUGUGGGCAGAAAGAGCUCCAAAAUGGACGUCAGGGCGAAGCUAGAACGCAGUCGACAGAGUGCACGUGAGUGUCGUGCGAGGAAGAAGCUGCGGUACCAGUAUCUAGAGGACCUCGUGGCUAACAGGGAGAAGGCUGUAUUUGCUCUACGAGACGAGCUUGAAAUGUGGAAGACGCUGUGUCGGGAGGUGGAUGAUGGGAAGGUAUCAACUGCCUUGAAGGACCAACUCCUACCCGACCUUGACCCCGUGAAAGCGGAGCCCCAAGAUUAAGCAUCGCCCCAAUAUUUACCCAGCUCCCUAAGGCCAAAUGAGCAAAGUUAAUUGUUUCGGGUAGUUCGAGUCGUGUGAGAGCGCCCCGACCGAAAUUUUAAUGUUUUGGGGGACGCUUGUUUCCGAUGAUUUUGCCAUUUUAUGAAAGGCGAGUGUACCUUAAUUAGACAACCGUUCAAAUUCCAAGGGCCUCAUCAAUUAAUAGAUGAACAGAAUUGCAGUAAAUUCUCGAUAUGCUCCGCCUUUGUGACAACACGUUGAUCAAAAUAAACGACAACACACCGAUACCCCUAGCCGUACCUACUCUUUUGGGAAAACAUUGCAGAGUGUAUGAACAAAUGUGAACGUAAAUGAGGCCGUGAUUGAUGACGACUUCAUCAGCCUUUUAUGAGUAUUUCACAUCGACUACUGUACAUUAGAGCCUCGUUCUGGGAAACCAGGGCUUAAUGCACGUGCGUUAAGUGUAAUGCCCGAUGAGCACGUGCAGUCCGCACAGACUAAUCAGGGACGACACUUUCCACAUUGACUGCAGUUUCGGUUAGAAGAACAUUUCUUUAAACAAAACAUUCAAUAACAGCGUAAAGUGUCGUCCCUGAUUAGCUUGUGCGGACCGCACAGGCUAAACUGGGAAGACACUUAGCGCACAUGCACAAAUCCUGUUUUCCCAGAGCAAGUCUCAUUGAUUGAAUGAUAAGAUAAUGACACUGGUAUGGUUUGAUAAUAUACCAUUCCCGAAUGAGCAGUAGCCUGUGCGUUUGUGAAUUUAUAUCGUCCACUAGUCGUUAAGUUUAUUAUGACAUGAAUAAUGACAGUGAUUGUAACGAUCUACUUUUGACAGGAUAUUCGAUUUAAUGUUCUUAAAUACUUUAUAUUCCAUACUUUGCUUAUCAUUUUGCAUACCUCGUGUAAAUAUUGUUACAUAAGUAAAUCGAUCUUUAAGUGUAAAUAGUGUUUAUUAUAUAGUGAAACCUCUUUUUAUGCUCCGGAUCGAAUGAUCGGGGGUAUAUUGUUUUUGGCCUGUCUGUCUGUCAUUCUGUCCCAAAACUUUAACCUUGGUUUAAGUUUGAUAACAUAUGCUUUAUUGAAAAUAGCAACUUCAAAUUUGGCAUGCAUGUGUAUCUCAUUGAGCUACACAAUUAGAGUGGUGAAAAGUCAAGGUCAAGGUCAUUCUUCAAGGUCAAAGGUCAAAUAUCAUUGUAUUUUUCUUUCCUAAAACUUUACCAAUCGUUAAGGUUUGGUGAUAACUUUUUGAAUAUUGGAGAUAGCAACUUGAUAUUUCGCAUGCAUGUGUAUCUCAUGGAGAUGCACAUUUUGAGUGGUGAACGGUCAAAGUCAUUCCUCAAGGUCAAAAGAAAAAAAAAUACAAUCCAAGGGAAGUAAUAAGCUUUAAAGGGGAGAUAAUUGCUAAACCUGCCAAAUGAUAUAUUUUGAAAUUUUAUUUCAAAGCGGCGCAAUAGUGGGCAUGGUGUUUCUGACAAACACAUCGCUUGUUGUACAUACAAAUCAUGUUGCGUUAUAUUUGUUAAAAAAUAUGUUAAUAGUCAAGAGUGAAAAUAUAUGAUGAUCAUGAACUGAAAAUGCAAUUGUUUACAUAUGUAUCAUAUAUGUGUAGAAUUUGAUGAAAGCACAUGUGACCUUAUUGUCUGGUGUUAUGAUGAACUCUCGAUUAAUCUCCCUAGUUACAAGGCCCGUAUAUAUUACACAGUUUCUGAUAGAAUUCCGAAGGCAACUGCUUAAAUUCAUAAAAUUCUUAUGUGUCUGAUUGUUUCGUCUAUAUAUUUUUUAAAAUAAGAAUUUGAUUUAAUGUUUUACAAUUUUAAACAAAGAAAACAUUGUUUUUUGUAUAGAUUUGAUGUGAAAGGUUCAGUACACUUGAGUAAAGAAUUCCAGGGUCAGAUUUCACGAACCCAAACUAUGAGGUAUGAUUAAGGAUAAGACCUUUCUUACACUUGUGAUGUUGUAUGUAAGCGCUUUAACAUUUGUGGAGUCUUCCGUAGAAUAAACCGCCUAAAGCUAAACCAAUCUUCGCAUAACGAUUUUGAACAAGGAACAUUUGAAGCCAAUAUUUCUUGUUCGUGGGUGUCAGUCUAUUCUUUGUUCUCAGUGUACGAUAGGGUAUGGUAAAGCAUCAUUCCCGUGCUAUGCAAAGAUCUUUUUGCAACUGUUUUGUAAUUUAGUUUAAGUUUGGGUUAGACAAAUGUGAUGUUUGUUUUGAUUUGGUUUUUAUCUGAAAUUGUUUGUGAUUUUAUUUGUUGACAUAAGUUUGUUAUGUUGUUGAUUGACUUUGAAGUUCGUUAUCUUGUUUAUUGACUUAAAAGUUUGUUAUUUUGUUUAUUUACUUAUUAGCUCCGCGUUGAUAGUGGUCUAUAUGGAGAGAUAUUUUAUUUAUUGUCCAAUCUUCAUGAAACUUUGACAAAACAUGUGUCCCAAGGAUAUAUUGGACUAGUUCGAAACUGGGUCACUUGUUCAAAAACUAGGUGUUUAGGUCAAAUUAAAGAAAAAGGUUGUUAACUUCUAGAAGACACACUUAUUGUUGAAUCUUCAUGAAAUUUUGUCAGAACAUUUUGUUCUUAUAAUAUCUCAGCUGAGUUCAAAAAUGGUUCCGGUCCGUUGAAAAGCAUGGUCGCCUGUAGGCCGGGCAGUUUUCCUUAAAGGGCUUAUUUAAAUUUUGUUAACACUCGAAGUCACAUUUAUAGUCACAUCUUCAUGAAAUUUUGUCAAAAGAUUUGUUCCAAUGAUAUCUUGGAUGAGUCCGUUAAAAAACAUAGCCGCCAGCGGGCUGGACAGUUUUCCGAAUUUGGCUAUAGUAAAACCUUGUUAAUACUCUAGAAGUCACAUUUUAGUCAAAUCUUCAUGAAACUUGGUCAGAACAUUUGCUCUUAUUAUAUAUGUUCUGAACUCGAAAACGUAACGGGUCCGUUGAAAAGCAACUGAUAUUCCCGAUUAGGUUGGCUCCUGUCAUACCUGUAAGCUCGGAAACCAAAAUAAUUGGAUGCAGGUCAAACCGGCCACACGUCAAUCGAUUUAAAAAGUAAAAUCAGAAAAAAGUGCAACCGUCCACGCAAUUAUAAUGAAGAUGAACUUUUAAAGAAUUAUUUAUUCCGUUUCACUCCUCUUCUGAUACCAAUUGUAUUGUGUAUUUUGGACUUUUGAUGUACAAUAUACUUGCAAAAAGAAAUACCUAUGUUUACUAACUAAGUAUCGAAAAUGCAAUUCGUAAACUUAAUGAUUUAAGUAAUGUGUUAUGUUUAUUAGUCUUUUGUUUAUUAAAUGAAAUAACGAGGUAACACUUACUAUGUGAGAUAUUGUUUUGCCGUUUGCUAUUGACUAUAAUAAAAUCGUGCAUGCUCAGAUUUGGGUUGUUGUACAGACAGAAAAUGAUGUGAUUAUCAGAUUGUUUUAUUGGUUGAUUUGUCUGACAUAUUUCGGGUGACAUUUCUCGUGGGGAAUGGAGUGAAAAGAGUUUUUUGUUGCCUAUUUCGCGCAGUUAAAUUUCUCAACACUCGAGUAUAUACAACUUUUUUAAAUUGUUAAUAAAAUGUUUUUGCAAAUAU